AUGGUAAAUCCAGACAGCUCGGACGAGACACCGCCAAAAUUGGAUGUGCGUAACGACGAACGCACGACCGACCAGUGCCAUGUAAAUACUGUAAAACUACUCGAAUAUAAGGGAGUGCUCUGGACAUGUGGGCUGAGGGAGGUCUGCCUGGCCGCGCUCUGGCUUCCACUAGGUGCUUUAAUAUUUUGCUACGUCACAGCUUCUAUAUUCCAAGCAGAUGAUAUACACGAGACACACUGUAGGGUUUACAAUGUAGUGCCGUCAAUAAGCGCAAUCACAGGGAUCAGCCCACAGCGCUACGUGUGGCGGAUAUGCAUCGCGUUCCACCUAGGACCAAGAUUGCUCAUAGGCUCGCUGUACUACAACUACCACAAGCAACGCACCGCGCAUAUCAUUGAUCAAAAGGCUCGAAUAUUAGCUACCAAGUUAGGGGAAGCCUGUUACUGGCUCAAUUUAGUAGAAUUAUUUGCACUCACCGGAGUCACCUACGUUUCCAAUAGGGAAAACUAUUAUGUACACGAGAAGAUCUUUAUAAUCUUCAUGAUAACAGCUUUAGUGCACAUGUUGUGCCGCGCGCGAGUAGGGUGCGCGGGCGCAGCCUGCGUGCCGGCAGUUCGCACCAACAGGCUGGUGUGGAUCCUGUUCUACGUGGCCAUCGCAGCCACCGCCGGCCUCGUGGUGCACUUUCUAAGGCACCGGCUGCUGUGUCGCCCACUAGCCUUCACCUGGUUCUCAGUAUGCGAGUACAUCCUGGCGACUGCCAACAUGGCGUUCCAUGCCAUCGUGGUGCGCGACUUGCCGCUUCAUCAGUUACAAGUCGUCAGUCCACACAGUAAGGCCGAGUAGACCGGUGGACGAGUCUGUAGAGUCUUUUGGUUAACGGGGACAAAUCGACAAGUCCUGA